GGCUGAGGUUGGGCCUGCUGCCCACAGCCCUGCUCACUUUCCCCAGAUGUCCAGCAAGGUGGCCAUCGGCUGUGACAUUGGGCAGGCCCGCCGGGCAGUGGAGCAGCUGCGGAUGGAGGCAGACAUCGACCAAGUGAAGGUGAGGGUCGGGGCCGGUGCAGGAGGUGGGAAGAGGUGGGAACACAUGGGCCAGCGCAUAGGUGCAUGCCUGGGUCUGGCUGACUGGGUUGGUCUGCAGGUGUUCAAGGCGGCUGCCGAUCUGCUGCAGUUCUGCACGGAGCAGGCCAAGAGUGACCCUUUCCUUGUGGGCAUCCCGGCCACCACCAAUCCCUUCAAGGAGAAGAAGCCCUGUGCCAUCCUAUGAACCCAGGACAACGUCCACCCUGUGGCCUGAGCAGACCAGAGGGCC